AUGAAGUUGUAUGUGUUCCAGGUUAACAAUGGCAGCACACUGACAUUUGACACCGAUCUUGCUGUCCAAACCGUACUGGAGCUCAAACAUGCUAUUCAGGCAAAAUAUAAGAUUGCAAUUCAACAUCAAGUACUUGUUGUCAAUGGAGGGGAAUGUAUGGCUGCGGAAAGGCGAGUCUGCAGCUACAGUGCUGGCACUGAGACAAACCCCAUAUUCCUGUUCAACAAGGAGAUGAUCUUGUCCGACCGGGAUCCAACAAUCCCUAAAACCACCUUCUCCAUUGAGAGUGAGAUUCAAGUGAAGGUGGAAGAGUCAUUACUGAUGCCAGCUGUCUUUCACACCGUUGCCUCUCGAACACAACUUGCUCUGGAAAUGUUUGAAGUUGCCAACAAGCUUAGCUCGUUCUGUGAACGCUUAGUUCAUGAUGAACACCUCCAACAUCAAGGCUGGGCAGCCAUCAUGGCCAACCUGGAUGACUGCACACUAUCCUAUCAGAAGCUACUGGUAAAAUUCGACACUGCGUACUCGACGUAUCAGCACGAUCUGGAGGAUAUUAAAUUCAAACUCACAAAACUGGGGACAGCAGUCUCUGUGAUGGCCAGGAUACCUCUGCUGGAAUGUUUGACGAGACAAAGUCACAGAGAGCAAAUGAAGAAGUCCGCCUCCACCCCGGAUAAAGAUUCUGAUGAGACGGAAGAAGAAAAAUCAACAGACUCAGUGCUAUGUGCCACCGAUGAAAAGCGGGGCCACAAGUUACCAGGUUCCACUGAGACGUCUAAGUGUGAAGGUGCUAGUAAGAGGGACAUGAGUCAAAUGCCGGACAACGAAGGCCUUGGAGCUGCGCUGCUGGAUGAAGACAUACACAUGAUUGGCAAUAUUCCCCAAUUCAAUGUCACUCUAUUGGACUGGAUCAAUGUGCAGGAUCGGCCAAACGAUGUCGAGUCUGUCGUGAGGAAAUGCUUUGAUUCCAUUAAUAGGCUUGACCCGCGUAUCAUUCAACCUUUCCUGGCAGACUGUCGCGAUACCAUCGCCAAGCUGGAUAAUCAAAACAUGAAAGCCAUCAAGGGGUUGGAGGACCGGCUUUAUGCUCUUGACCAGAUGAUUGCAAGCUGCAAGAAACUGGUCAACGAACAAAAAGAACUUGCUCAGGGAUUUUCAGCAAAUCAGAAACGGGCUGAAAACCUGCAGGACACAUCUGUUUUGCCUGACCUUUGUCUGAGUCACACCAACCAGUUGAUGAUCAUGUUGAACAACCACAGGAAGCUGUUAGACAUCAAAAAGAAGUGCACUACUGCAAAACAGGAACUUGCAAAUAACCUUCAAGUCCGACUCAAAUGGUGCUGCUACGUGAUGCUCCAUGCAGACCAGGAUGGUGAGAAACUUCAAGCUCUGCUCAGACUCCUCACUGAGCUCCUGGAAAGGGUGCGUGUGGUUGAAGCCCUCAGCACAGUGCCCCAAAUGUACUGCUUGGCGGUUGUAGAGGUUGUUCGGAGAAAGAUGUUUAUGCGACACUACAGAGAGUGGGCGUAUGCACUUGUAAAAGACGGAAAACAGCUGUACGAGGCAGAGAAAUUCAAAAGAGAAACUUUUGGAAAACUCUUCAGAAAGUCCUUUCUCAGAAAUCGUUUGUUUAGAGGGCUUGAUGCUUGGCCUCCAACUUCAUUUUGUACCCGGAAGCCGCGAAUAUUUGAUGACGAACUUCCAGACAUCUCUCUUGAUGACCUGCAGUACUUAAAGUCGUGUUGUCCUGUGGAAGUGCAGCCUUUUCUCAUGAUCCCAGCAAUGUGUGACUUUGAGCCCUUGAAUCGGCACGUGGAGAAACUCCAUCAGCUAGUCCAAGCUGCACAGAGUUUGGACGAGAUGUCUCAAACCAUCACAAACCUGCUGAGUGAACAAAGGGCAUCGUCUAACCAGAGCACACACAAGUCAACUGUGUUGACCCCCCAGUCUGCAGGAAGCCCACCUGAGGCGGCCACAACCUCCAAAGCUCCCACCUCUCUCAGCCUUCAAGGAGCCAGCGCUGACCCACUACAUGUCCCUGCCCCUUUAGAGGACCUUUCACCAGACAGCAUCGACGCACAGACAUUUGACUUUGAAACUAUCGGUCAUCCCAACAUGGAUCCUGUCAUGCAGCCCAGCUCCCUCGACCUGGACUCCCUGGCGGAGAGCCCAGAGUCCGACUUCAUGUCCGCUGUCAAUGAGUUUGUGAUCGAGGAGAACCUAACCUCCCCGAACCCCGUUAGUGAUCCGACCAGCCCUGAAAUGAUGGUGGAGUCUCUCUAUUCCUCAGUCAUCAAUGCCAUCGACAGCAAGCGCAUGCAGGACACCACGACGUUGGAGAGGGAGAAUUUGAGAAUUGCCGCGCUCCAUCAAGCGAUUGACAACUAUCGACUAGCCGCGGAGGAGUCCCACUCCAAUUUGAGGUGUGUGAAGGAUGACUUGCAUCGCUUGCGUACUCAGGUCUCAAAAGAACAAAAUGACUUUGGAUUUGCUCUGAGGAGUGUCAGCAUAGAGAUUCGAGACAUGGUGAAUGACAUCUGCCAAGCACUUGAGCUGGAGCUUAAAGAGCAGCAUCAGAGCGAGAUAUUCGCCAUUCAGCAAGCGUCUGAGAAGCAGGUCAAAUCGCUAACAGAAGACAACCAAGUCAACCAGAACAUUGUUCGAGAUGUGCAGCGAGCCAUGCUUGAGCUGGAGGGGCUGAUGGAGCGCAAAGAGAAAGAACUCACUCAGCUGGAGGGCGACAAGGUGCUUUGGCUUGAAACAGAGAAUACCCUGAAAGAAAAGAUCAAGGAGUCAGAGCAGCUGAUGAGCAAUCAAGCUGCCGAGCUUGAGAGCCUCUCGUCUUGCAGAGACUCUCUAAAAAGUCAGCUGGAGAAUUUGCAUUUCGAGAUCGAACGUGGCCAGCAAAAGAUUAGACUGGAACUGGAAGCUGAGGAGAAGAUGCACUUGAAGGAGCUUGAGGAACGAUUGAAAGCGGAACAUACAGCAAAAGUGGGUGACCUGACAAAGGAGCACCAGAAAGCUAUGAAACAGAUUGAUGCAGACAACAUAGCUAAGUUAAAGGAGACAACAAAACAUCAUAAAAGUGCUCUAAAAGAGAAAGACUUUCAAAUAAAAGACCUGGAGGCUCGCUUUACUGAGCUUGAAGAACUGCGUUACAAAGUGGAAAUGGAGUUGGCCCUAAAAGAGGCAGAAGUAGAAGAGGCAAAGGUCCUCCUGGAUAAAAUCAAGUUGCAGCAAGACGAGGCAGUAAACUCCCAGGUUGCGACUGAGACGCAAGUUCUUAACGAAGAGCUCGCAAAGACCAAACGAGAGCUACAGAAGAAAAAUGAGGAGUAUGAAAAAGACUGUGCAGAGCUGAAGAGCCUUUUGACGAUUGAGAAAGACCACUGCAUCUCAGAGCUGGAGGACAGACAUGAGAAGCAGAUUGAUGGGUUGAAUUUCAAGAUCUCCAAUUUGCAAGACUUAGUUAAUGCUGCUCGCAAGAACCAUGCUGAGGAACUGCAGGACCUUAAGCAAGAGUUGGACCAGCAGUUGUCCGCUUUGAAUGAAGAAAAGGAAUUGCAAUUGAGGAAUUUCCAAGAAUUAGAGCGGGAGUUGAGGACUGAGAGCAAUAAUUUGCAGGCAGAAAACAAACUUUUACAGAAAAGACUAGAAGAGGAAGCCUCAAGUGAGGUUGUAAAAGUGUUGAAGUCGCAAAAUGAAGCGACAGAAAAGAAACUGUCUGAUAGGAUACGACAACUUGAAGAUGAACUUCAUAAAAAACUGUCAUUGAGUUCUUCUUCCAGUGAUGGAGGGCCACUCCUGUGCACUGAGAACAGCGCUUAUCCACCUCUCUCUCUGGACUCGGCCCUGCAAGAGCGCCUGCAGCAGGAGAGGGCCUCUCUGCAGACCCAGUUAGAGCUUCUAGAAAGAAGGAAGAAUGAGGAGAUCCAGAACCUCAAGACUUCCCUGAUAGCCGAACAGCAGACAAACUUUAACACGGUUUUGACCCGUGAGAGGUUGAAGAAGGAGCAGAUCAUCAGUGAGCUCACGGAGAAGCUACAAAACGUCACUCAACAGCAGGAAAAGGACAAAGCCCUGAUAGAGACUCUCUCUGAGGACCGAGCCAGCGUGAUGCAGGAGAAGAAGCACUUGGAGGAGGAGUUGAACCGCCUGCGUAGCACAGCACUGGUCUCCUCGGCCAUCUUUACCACACACCCCUCGCCGCAUGAAGUCGCUGGAGCAUGUUCUUCCGAGCUCCUGGCUGAUACUGACAGAUUGGCUUCUGUGGCCACUUUGAAGGAUGACGAGCAUGUCGACUCAGCAGUGGAAGCCAGCAUGGUGACAGUCCAUGAUAACAUCCUGAUUUCAGAGGAAAAACAGAGGAUACUCGCGCUGGAAAGGACUUUACACAUGAAGGAGGAAGAGAAUAAGCGCCUAAGUCAAAGACUGAUGUCUCAAAGCAUGUCGUCUGUGUCUUCAAGGCACUCUGACAAAAUUGCCAUCAGAGAUUUCCAGGUUGGUGAUUUGGUUCUCAUCAUCCUGGAUGAAAGACAUGACAACUACGUACUGUUCACCGUCGGGCCGACGCUCUAUUUCCUGCAUUCAGAAUCACUCACUGCGCUGGACCUUAAACCGGCCUCGGGGACAUCAAGACGGCCAUGGGUGCUUGGAAAGGUGAUGGAGAAGGAGUAUUGCCAGGCUAAAAAGGCCCAGAACAGGUUCAAAGUUCCUCUUGGAACCAAAUUCUACAGAGUCAAAGCUGUUCCAUGGAACAGAAAAGUAUAA